AAUCGAGUGAAGCAUAUCGACAACCAAUACCCUUUACGCUUGGUUUUGGGCGAUUAGCGUCAGCAUAGUGUAAGAAUGGAGUCAGGGGCGAAGGAGGAAGAGAAGGUGAUGGGAUACAACAGCAAAAACGUGAAGAAAGCGGCGUUACAUUCAACACUGACCGCACUCCUUGACGAUCCAAUUCUCGCCGAUAUCCCUAAGAAACCCAGUUUGUCCGAUGUCGAUACCCUAAUCAACCUUGAACUGGGGAGUGCCAUGUGUAUCUCUAUACUCAAAUUAGAUGGAACCUCCUUCGAUGUUGCGGUGAUGAAUUCAGCCACGGUGAAAGACUUGAAACUCGCAAUCAAGAAGAAAGUGGUCGAGUUAGAGCAAUCCAAGAUGGGUCAUCGACACAUUUCAUGGAGGUACGUUUGGGCUAAUUUCUGCCUAGCACACCACAAUGAGAAGCUCCUUGAUGAUGGCGCUGCACUUCAGGGUUUUGGUGUUCGAAAUAAUUCUCAGGUUUUGUACAUUUUUUUACUCUAUAUUGUCUCAAAAGGUUCUGGGAGACAUUCUAAGAGGAGAAAACACCGCGUCUUCAAUGGCCUGAACAAGCAUUCAUGAUGACAUUCAAUCAUUGGGGCAUCCCUGUUUUCUGAUCCAACUCAUUCCACAAAUUCACAAUGUUCCAUAGCAGAGUAAAUGUGGUACAAGAACAUUAAUUUCUAGUUGACAUUUUAAAUAAAUUUUAAAGCUCUUCUAAUACUAAAUUAUUAAUAAAAUUAGCUUUAUCA